CUUGCCAUUUCAUUCGCUAUUUUAUCGUGCCAUAUGGCUUGUGUAUAUUCAUACACUGCGUUUAUAAGACGCGAUGUUUUCCUGUAUCGUUCCAAUUUUAUCUAGUGUUUACGAAGAAGUAAGAAAAACUACACAAUUGUUAGGGAAGUCUACAGCAGCCAAGCACAACAUCUAAAGUCAAACGAGAGUAACAUGGCUUCCGCUCAACAGCUAGCAAGUUCAGCAUCAAUACUGCAAAACGAGGACAAGGCAGUUGUAGAGCAAAUGAUGAAAGAGGCAGAGAAAAUUCUACUGACAGAAAGUCCAAACAUUGAGAAAAUGCAACUACAAAUUGCUGGGUGCAUACUAAACGUAACCAAAGGAAGCAGGUUACAUAUUCAUAAUAAACAUGAUUGGUGUGGGGAAGUGAGUUUCCGAGCUGAAUUUCCAACGGAAAUUCCAAUAGGUGGGACCGCCAAGUUCGUACACUAUGGAGCUCCUUCAAAGGGCUCCAAGGCUGCCGUGGUGUAUGCUAGUGUCAAUUGUGCGUGGCUCUUGGCUUGGUCUGUACCUUCCAACGAUCAGCCUAACAAGGUAUACGUUGAAGACGGGCCAAAAGAGAACUAUAGAGUAAUAGAUUGGAAUGAAAUAGAAAGAAAACUGGAAGCAUCCAGCUUCACGAGUGUGUCCACAAGAUGCAAGUCAAUCGCAGAGCUUAGUCAUGGCAAGAAAGUUAAACUCGGUGCCAUGUUCCUCAGCGGAUGACUGGUUAGCUAGUCUUAGAUCAUGUUACUAUCAAGUUCGGAACUAUGUUUGAGAGUUUAACUUAAACUAUAUAAAUAAAGGCUCUGUUUAUAUACAUAAUACAUGUAGUUGUAUAUCAACAGAUUACUAUAUAAAUAAAAGCUCUGUUUAUACCAA